CCAGGUACUGUGAAGGGUGAGAGUGGUUUCCCGAGGCCAACCCCUGUCAUUCAAAGUGGGAGAGGGACUUGAUCGUCAUGACUGGUAGUAGCCUGGAGAAAAUAUAGCAGUGUGCAACUAUAUGUUAGUGCUGGACAGAUGAGUUGAAGCACCCCGGACUAUAGAGGUCGCCUCGUUAAGGAUUUGGAGUUUGGAAAAAGUUUAAGGUAUAACUUGUUGGACUAUUUGGAAGAAGGUGGUCCCCACGAUCCUUCCUUCCCAGCCCCAGGGUUUAAUUUGAUGGCAAGCAAAAACUGGUCUUAAAAGUUUUUUCCUUCAGUGAUUCAGAUUUACAGUAGCGGUUUUUGGUCCGCAAACGUCAGGAAAUCUAAUACUUUAACCAGUUUUAUGUUAUCCCUGCGCAGACGUUGGUGUAAUAAACGGACUUCAGAUUAGUGACCCCCCAGCAAGGACUUGUUACUUAUUCGUGGAAUACAUUCCGUCCACCUCACCGGUGUUCUGUGGUAAGAACAUAGUCUCACGUACAUGUACAGCUUUCAAGUGGUCUCAAGUACAACUGACGGAGCUACAGCAGUACGGCUGCUCUUCUCCAGUGUGUCUGUUUCUGGUUUUCAUUAUACAGAAAGUGACCACCCUACUCUAUUCUCCCUGAAACUUAACGUCGGGAUUGCUGUUGUGUUCUCAUUUGUGGCUGAAACACGGUCGUUUGAGAGUGCCUAGGAGACAGACUGGUUAUCGGUACUCCCUGCUGAGCAGGCACGAAACCAGCCGAGUGCCCCGUGGUCAUUUCGGGGGUUAACAUAGUGCCAGUCUAUUAGCGGUGCAGGAGCACAGCCGCCGGUCCUUCUUAAGGACCAAAACUCAGUAACACGAGUUCAACAGGUGCUGUCUGCUUGGGAUUCUGGCUAUGCCAUUUCUAGGCAGGAGGGUCGUGGGCACCAGCAGGGAGCCUAGAACCUAGCGCAGCCCUGCUUUGUGAUAGAGGCAUCUUCACCCACUCCCCUUUGUUGCACAAUCAAGACCACCACUUGGGCUUUCAAGUAAAACAAUUCAGCUUUCAUAUUUGACAAGAUAAAGGGAGUAUUUCAGGUUAUUCCCUAUCUCUUUUGGAGAGUGGAAUACUUCUGUACUGCAGUUGGACGGAUCUCUAAACAGACUAGAACCCAAGGGGUGACUGGCAACAGGUGCUGAGAGGACAUCACAUAUCACACCACAAAAGUCUACAUGCUGUGGUAUGAACCAGAACUCGACUAGAUACAGCCACCCACUUCAGCCAUUCUGAAAGGAAAGUGAACUAAGGCAAGACUUGAUUUCUGGUACAGUUUUCAAGAGAAGAUAACUACCAUAACAAAGAGCUCAGGGUUGACGACUUCACUGUUAUAGGGGCAUUUGGAGGGCAACUGACCCAAGACAGGCAAGCCAUGACCGGAACCAGCUUGCUGCUGACAGCCACUCUGCUCUCUAGCUGUGCCCAGCUGUUGGUGGACGCAACUUCUUGGUGGUCAUUAGCAAUGAAUCCUGUACAGCGGCCUGAAAUGUACAUUAUAGGUGCACAGCCUCUUUGUAGCCAGCUGUCAGGACUGUCACCAGGGCAGCGGAAAUUGUGCCAAUUGUACCAGGAUCACAUGGUUUACAUUGGAGAAGGAGCAAAGAUGGGCAUCAAGGAGUGUCAAUACCAGUUUAGGCAUCGAAGGUGGAACUGCAGCACUGUAGACAACACCUCCGUCUUUGGAAGGGUCAUGCAAAUAGGAAGUCGAGAGACAGCAUUUACCUAUGCAGUCAGUGCUGCAGGGGUGGUAAAUGCCAUCAGUCGUGCCUGCCGUGAAGGAGAGCUGUCUACCUGUGGCUGCAGUCGUGCAGCCAGGCCUAAGGAUCUCCCACGGGACUGGCUCUGGGGUGGUUGUGGAGACAAUGUGGAGUAUGGAUACAGAUUUGCUAAAGAGUUUGUGGAUGCCAGGGAUCGAGAAAAGAACUAUCCCAAGGGAUCAGAUGAGAACACCAGGACACUGAUGAAUCUGCAAAACAACGAAGCUGGUAGAAGGGCAGUGUACAUGUUGGCAGAUGUGGCCUGCAAAUGUCACGGAGUUUCUGGUUCCUGCAGUCUCAAAACUUGCUGGCUUCAGCUAGCUGACUUUCGCAAGGUAGGAGAUCAUCUGAAGGAAAAGUACGAUGGUGCUGCAGCAAUGAAGCUGAAUCGUAAAGGUCAACUGGAGUUGGUAAAUAGCCGCUUCAACACCCCUACUGCAGAAGACCUGGUGUACAUUGACCAGAGCCCUGACUAUUGUGUGAGGAAUGAAACAACAGGCUCUCUAGGAACUGUGGGUCGACUUUGUAACCGAACAUCAGAAGGAAUGGAUGGAUGCAACUUGAUGUGCUGUGGGAGGGGCUAUAACCAGUUCAAGACUGUGCAAGUUGAGCGCUGUCAUUGUAAAUUCCACUGGUGCUGCUACGUCAAGUGUAAAAAAUGCACAUCCAUUGUAGACCAGUUUGUGUGUAAAUAAACCAAAAACUAAUAGUAUUAUUAUUAUUAUAAUAUUAACAAAGUCAUUAUUUAAAAAGAAACACUUGUUUUAUCCAACACUGGGACCCUCACCUUUUAUUAAAGUGAGAUGUGUUUUCAGUUCUUAUGUCCUUCCUUAUGUCUUCUCCAAAGAAGCAAGAAGAAAGCUGUCACAUUUUGUGUGCUUGUAAAUGUACACCCACAGAGUAAUGCCAGCUAAUCAGUAUACCUGUCCGGAGAUUUAGAAGCUAAGUGGUGUGGACAAGAACAGGGGCCUUUAUGGAUCAGCCUUAUCACAUAUACUAAACUUCACUGGUGACUGAAUUGUAGCACAUAGUGGGUGUGCAUAUUUUGCAGUUAUGCAUUCUGUCGCUAUCGAGUACUGCCAUUAGAAUCAGAUCCUGCAAGGUCUAUGACUUCAUAGUUUGCUUAUAUUUAUAUUUAGUCUGCCUCAAAACAAAUUUACCAUGCUUUACCAAUCUACCAGUAUGCAUUGAUUUUCUUGGAGAAAUGAGCUAACAGACUCAGAAGUUCCAUGGUCUAAUUUUUCAUGAAUGUUCUGGAGUGACUGCCUGGCAGUCAUAAUUGGGUAAAAUUAUGUACCGAACUCAGAGGUGUGUCUGAAUUCACAUUUUCUAUUCUGUCUUCUCCUUGCGUCUCUUCUGGCUUCCAUAGUCCAUUGCUGGAAAUGGUGUGCAGCUUCCCAGUUCAUAGUCAGAGGGUAGCAGUAACACCUGUGUACACAGAAUUAGAACAGCAGUGACAUCAUCAAGAAAGGACUGUAGUAACAACAGAGCAAUGGGAUAUGAGGUAUCUCUUCAUAUCAGAGGAAAAACGAGAUGCUGUUCUCAGCUUUAGAUCUUUAUUUUUCCUGUAGCCCUCUACACCCUUUCUCUCCUUUCUGAGGGUUACAAGAGUCGGUUAUUGAAUUUUUCUGGCAAGCCUGCAGGAAUGUAUGUGUAUCUUUAGACUGUCAUAUAGAAAGAAAAGAAAGAGCGACAUGGCACUGAAAUGCCAAAGAUGAAAUUUCAUCAUAUGCCCUUCACUGAAAUUAAACUGAUUGACACUUUGUUGUCAUGUGACACAGCUGCUGACUCUCCAUCCUGAUGAUUUCUUUUAACAAAGUUGAACAGUCCUAGAAAUGGCCAGCUCAAAUCACAGCCUCUCAUCUGUGUGCAGAAUUUAAUUGUCAGAAUGUAAAGUGGAAUGUUAAAAGGCAGCUUCUUAUCAACCUUUUCUGACCCUUAAGAGCUAGCGAAAGUUUCCUAAACGUUUCUCCUGCCUCAAGAGACACAGACUGACUGAACCUGAGCACAGAGGUGGAGCAAAAAGCUUGUAAAUAGAUGUUGUUAUAUGAAUUCAAGUUUUGUAACUGGAAAGUAUAAAAGUGGAAAUAGCAUUUUUAAAAUAUCACCGUCAAAAACGCAUUCAGACAAAUUCAAUUGCAAUAUAGGUGGUAUGAGAAGUGUUUACUGCCAUUAUUUUUCUGUACUUUUCAAGUCGUUUAUUAAUAUCUAAAAUAAAGAUUUAUUUUCA